AUGCUGGGACCGAAAACAUGUUUCAGCGACGACAGCGGCGUCGUCGUCGUGGCUGGAAAUAAGACGACGACGUCGUCGUCUUCAUCGACGCCAGGAAGGGUGUCGUCGCGGUACUCGGCAUCCGUCGCCAGUUUGCAGCCAGCGUGGAAAAAUUUCUCUGUGGCCAGAAACUCGUCUGGAAACUGUUGCAGUAGCGCUGUCGAGCUCAAGUCCCCGAGGCUGCUGAAAACUGCAGCGGCCUUCAUGUUUGCUGAGUCCAAGGACGUCGACAAUAAGUCUGCUAGGAAUUCAAGCGGGACAGAGAAUGGCGGAAUUCCGGGUGCAGUGAAAUCAAGCGAGGGCGCGCAGGCGGCGGAGCCCAGUGCAGGUUCCGAGGCGGUCGUGAGCGGACGCCUAAAUCCUUCUUCGCCGCCGCCUAAAAUAAUUUCUGCAGUGAAGUCAUCAUCUACAGUAGUGCCCGAACAAUCGUCCGAAGAACUCACCGACUCUUCGGAUUCGGCGGCUUACAAACCUCGGUUUUCCGUGUCGGCCUUUCGCGAGGCCUUCGACGUGCACGCGUCGAGAAUGGCGGCUAAUACCACCACCAACACCGCCGCCGCCGCCGACUCGUCAUCAUCGUCACUUACCAGCAGCGGUGGUGACAUCAGAAACACUGACGCCGUUUCCCCCAGCAUCACCACCACCACAAAUGGCGGCCCUAAUCCUCGUGUCAUCAUCCACAAAAUCACCAAAUCUAUUCUGAAACCGAAAAAACGCGAAGCGAAAGCUCGAGUGAACAAUGUGUGUUUUCCUCCGGACGCGGACCAACAGCUAUUAGUGGAAGUGAUUGGUUACGGCGGCGACGAAACCUAUUUCAGUGGCUCUGACGACGACGAAGACGGUCAUCACGUCGCUGACGACGCCGACAGACAUCACCCAGCAGCACACGACGACGACGACGACGACGACGACGACGAGGACUUGGACAUUCCCGACGACGACGACGUCACUCCGGACGAGCGACGUUUGCGGUCCUUGACAGACAAAAACACGGACUACAACGGGAAUCCCACGAAUUUACUCUAUGGCCAAGUGCCUGACGAGAACCAGGUGGAAACCGUGUCGAACCCCGCAGACAACAACCCUCUUAAUAAUCACAAUAGUAGUAACCUGGGUUGUCAUCAUCAAGACGUCAUUGCGGAAGAAAACGAAGACGACGAAGAAGGAGAAGUGGCAGAAACCAAGUCGUCUUCUGCAAUAAGGCCCAAAGUGUCUGCUGUGAAACCGUUUUGCAAACCCAGUUCGUGGUUGUAUAAGCAGUCGUCGGACGACACUUAUCCGAAAUCGCUGCCAGUGCAACACGUCGCCCCGCUCGUCGACGACGCGAAACCCGCCGACACUUACCAGGAAAACCUGGAGAAAAUCCAGAGAUUCGCGGAUUCCUGCCCAAAGCCGCCAAUUUUGCCCAAGCCGAAAGUGGCGGCGAAACCCAGUCUUUCGUUGGGUGACGGAUUCAUGGAAAUCCAUCAGCAGCAGCAAAGGAAAAACAUCGACGUUCCUGACGAUGAUGACGACGAUGACGAUGAACGUGUAGUUGUUGACUCGUCGUCGGCGUCGGUUGCGCGAAAUUCGCGGAGUUUGCACGAUUUGUUGGAGACUGCUGCGAAUGCUUUGGAUUCGCCGGAAAAUGCGAGAAUGACGCGGUCGUUCGAUGCUCUGGAAUCUAUGGAGACUUUUGAAAAGCCCUCGGCGAAGCCGUGGGAAAGUUCUAGUGACUCGAGCGACGUGGACUGCAACCCGCAGAUGUUCAAGAUCACGGAAUCCCCGGACCACAAGCAAACUAUCCAGCUUGGGGACUCAAAAAACAAGCCGUUGCAGCGCAGCAACUCUGACCUCGUUGCCAACGUGACCCCGUGCUCGACAUUCGUCAUGGGUUUCGCGUCCACCCGCCUGAAGCACCACCAAAACAAACCCCUGUUGUCACCACAGUCCAACGGCGCCGGCGCCGGAAUGAGCUCCACCAAGCGUCCGGCGCCACAGCCGCCACAACGCCGCAUGUCCGACGACAGCCCGGCGUCGAUCCUGCGUCCGUCGCCGACCCGCGGCCGCCACUCGGACAAACGAGCCGCCACUUUGUCACCGGGCACGAACGCGGCGUCCGUCCAGUUCCUGCUCGACAGUUUAGGCGCCGGCACCCCGCGAACGGCGUCCCCGUCGCCCAGAAUGAAGAAAAAGCAGCGGAGGUCGCGGUCUUUGCCACGUCCUUCCGAUUUAUUCCUGGCGUCCGAAACGAACCCGUCGGGGUUCUCCAGGGGUAAAACGGGCUGCUUUUCGCCGAAACCCGAGAACAGGAAUGCGAGGUCCACGGCCAAGAAGAAGACCAAGAAUUUCAUCAUGAAACUGCUCAAGAGGGGCGGCAAUGGGAACAAAGAGAAGAAUGUGACCGGGAAAGGGACCAGCAACAAGUAUUCGUUCGAGCCACAGCAGAAUCAUCACGAGGAGAAGCGUUCCAGGCUGCAAAUUGUUCAUCCUCUGGAUAUUCGCAAAAGUGACGAGAAUGGCAACAGGGCUCCGAUGCCGGAAAAAGAUGUGAUUGUGCCGCCGAGACGAAUGUCGAAAGACGACAGCAAUCACCAUCAUCAACACCAUCAUCAUCAUCAUCAUCAUAAUCACGUGGUCAAUGGGAGAAGCAGUUACAGAAAGCUUCCAGAUUUGGACGAUGUGAAAUCGAACCACUGCAAACAGUCAGACGGAAAGGCUGAGUCAGUUUUGGCGAAUGGCAGGAAACUAAGUGACAGCUCGUCAUCGUCACCGGCACUAUCGUCACUGGAAAGUCCGGAUUUGUACCAGAAAAUCCCGGAUGUCAAUGGAAGCGCGUCAGCGGCGACGGCGUCUUCGCAUGCCAUGAAUGGGACGCCUUCGGGACGCCCGAAACCACCGCCACCACCGAGAUCGUCGUCGAACCGAGGAAAUGCUGGAGACACUAAGGACCUCAGUCCGAUCGGAGACGGAAGUAGUUACGCCAAUUUGGGUGGAGCAAGACAGAGCAUCACGCCCACAAAACCCGACAGGAGCAACAGCAUCCGAGAAACGAGCAACAAUUGCAGACCCACCGGUUCCGCUUUGUCCAAGCGAGAAAGCCCAGACGUGGAACCCCCGCCCCCGCCGAUUGCCACUGUUGAACCUGAAACCCAGCAAAUGCGACGGGCCUCGCCGUAUGCCGUUUCUCCGUGUGCCAACAUCGACGCACCGGGGUCGUCAGCUCUCGACACCAUCCACAUGAACAGCACCACCUACAACGUGCCACGAUCCCAUCCCACAUCACCGUCGUCACCUCCACCGACGGCAAUAACGUCGACACCACUUUCUGCCCCUUGCCCGGACCCUGUUCCAUUGACGCAAAUCGUCGUCCCAAACGUCAACGCCAGUGCGGAAUUCGGCAAUAAAUCCGCGUCGACGCCGCUGUCGACUUUCGUGCCACCGUCAUCGAGAACUUAUGCCAGUCGCCUGAGUUUGCGAGCUGCGACGUCACCGAGAGGAUCCGGGGACGGCGAGGAUUCCUCGUCGACGGCAUCGUCGACGUCGUCGACGAGCACUGCGAAGCCGUCGGCUCGGGCCUUGAUGACACUGGGCCACAAACGAUCCCUGGAAGUUAAUUACGGUGCAGUUGUUGCUGCUAAUCAUCAGGCCCUGGCCCAACUUUUAGACCAGGUGCAAGACCACGUCGAGCUCCCCGAAAAUCUGCGAGUGAUCCAAGACUCUCCCGAACUUCGCUGGUCAAAUUUCACCGUCCUGGAUGAAUUCAAUGAAGUUCGAGUGGGACGAAGAUUGUUUUUGCAAGCAGAACACGACAGCGACACCGACGUGACUCUUAUGGUCUGCGGAUCGGACCUGAUGAACACGGUGACGUCUUCUCCGGGACGGUCGCAGUCGGGACGGUCGCAGCCGUUUUUACUGCCGUCCACGCGUGGAUUUGUGGACACGUUACCCAGAAAGUAUCUCGUGGAAGCACGCGAUGCUGGAGGAGUUCAUGUUCUGCCACGAAUGACGGUGACGAGUUUGCAGAACUUCAGAGAGGCUUUCCAGGAGACGGAGAAUUAUGAGAAGGGAGUAGUUUUUGUGAUGCUACAGCUGGUGUCAGCUUUGAAGCACCUGCAAGCGCAGGGAAUCGAAGAGUUGGAUGCCAGUCUGGACAAUUUCGUGAUAUCCACAUCAGCCAAAGAGUCAGAAUUCCGGCUGAUUCUGCUGUGCGACGACGUCAUUUCCCUGCUGAGCAGCGCGGACCACAAUUCCUCGAUAUCGUCGUCAGUGUCGACUGGAAAACUGUCUCUGUGCCAAACUGCCGUGGCGACACUCUUGUACUUCCUGGGUGUCGAUUCACCCGUGGAAACGUCUCGUGGCGGACGUCCGUUCCGGAUCGCAGGCCACUUCCGGUUGUCGUCUGCGUUUGCGUGUGCCGGAGAUUUGCUGCUGCAAGAAAGGGCCGGAUCUUUGACCCACGUCAAGUCCUUGCUCGAGUUUCUGCUCUGGGGACCUGAUGCUGAUGAGAUCGACCCCAAGACUGAGGAGCAGGAGCUUGUUGACAAAAUGUUGCACCAGUGGCUGGACUUGGAGAGAGCCCAUGUGCUGAACAAUCUCAUCAGGACCCAGGCAACAGCAAGCCGAAGCUCAAAUGCCUCCUCACCAACAUCCCCAUCAACACCCGGUAUCCCGUCCUCAGUGGCGAUGAAACGUUCUGCGACCAAAUGGCUCACGAUUUUUGAGGAGUACCAACUCAUGUUCUUGGUUCGAACCAGUGUGAAAACCAUCAAAGACGUAAUGUUUGUCUUGGCUUGCUCCAAAUAUGACGGAUGAUGAGUGGCGGGUGUGACUGGUUUUUUUGUUUUUUCGUUUUGUUCACAUGAGGGGAUUUUCAUGGAUUGCCCCAGGGGAUGUUUCUUCAUUGUAGUUCCGUCCAGUGAUUAUAGAGCGUUUAACAGCGUGGGAGGAGAAAUUUGGCGAAAAUGUUUCUGCUCGUGUCGGAUCGAGAUGGUUUAGUGAAUUGAUUGAAUUGAGAGGAUUUUAAUUUUUUUGUUCAAUUGAGCAAAUGACUGCGAUAUGGUGUGCCGGGGUUGUUCCUCUCCUGGGUCCUGCCAAAUCCAGUUUUGGACAAGCCCUAAAGCUCUGUGCUUUGUGGAGAAUGAUAAAAAUAUGAUUUUUUCCGGUUUA